CUUUUCAAGGUCGACCAUGUCGGGAGUAGCCAUUGCCAUCAAUGCAGCCAUUUCGGGCGCUGCCUACUGCAUGACAGUGCGGAUGAUUCCCCGCUUCCGGGAGAUGUUCAUCAAGGCCAAUCUCUUUGGCAACGAUCUCUGCAAGAAGGACAAGCCACAGGUACCCGAAUCCUUUGGCGUGCUGAUUGGUUGUGUGUUCCUGGUCUCCCUGUUUCUGUUCAUACCCAUUCCCUUCGCCUUCGAUGAGGCGGCUGCCACGGAUGCGAUUACUGGAGGCAAACCCGACACCUUUCCACACGAUAAGUUCGUGGAAUUGAUUGCCGCCCUCCUGUCCAUUUGCUGCAUGAUCUUCCUGGGCUUCGCCGACGACGUCUUGGAUCUGCGAUGGCGCCACAAGCUGCUGCUGCCCACCAUCGCCACGUUGCCCCUGCUGAUGGUGUACUACGUCAACUAUAACUCCACCACAGUCAUUAUGCCCAACUUUGCGAGGGAUCUGUUUGGCACUUCGUUAAAUAUAGGUGUUCUAUACUACGUAUUUAUGGGCAUGCUGGCGGUAUUCUGUACAAAUGCCAUUAACAUCCUGGCGGGCAUUAAUGGCCUAGAGGUCGGACAAUCCCUCAUUAUUGCAGCCUCCAUUUUGGUGUUCAAUGCCAUCGAAUUGUUCCUGGGUCACCAGGUGGAUUCGCAUAUAUUCUCGAUUUAUUUCAUGCUACCUUUCCUGGCCACAACGCUAGCGCUUUGGAAGUUCAACAAAUAUCCCUCGCAGGUGUUCGUCGGAGACACGUACUGCUACUUUGCGGGCAUGACCUUUGCCGUGGUCGGCAUCCUGGGACAUUUCAGCAAGACGCUUCUUCUGUUCUUCCUGCCGCAAAUCCUGAACUUCCUGUACUCCACCCCGCAGCUGUUCCACUUUGUGCCCUGUCCCCGUCACCGGCUGCCCAAGUACGACGCCAAGACGGAUCUGCUCCACAUCAGCACCACGGAGUUCCGCUUGGAGGAUCUCAACACUCCGGGCCGUUUGAUGGUCACAGUUUUACGCAAGCUGCGACUUAUUAGCUGGCACACCAAAGCGGAUGGGAUCGUAAGGACCAACAAUUUAACCCUCAUCAACUUUGUGCUGGUCAUUUUUGGUCCCGUCCACGAACGAGUGGUCACGCAGAUGCUGAUGGGAUUCCAGGUGCUGUGCACACUGAUUGCGCUCACCAUUCGCUAUCCCCUGGCUAACUAUUUUUACGCGAAAACGUAGCCCCCGGAUCUUAUCCUUCAUUUAUUCUGAUAUUUAUUGUAGUAAGCCUUGGCUAAGUUAACUAACUAUACAAACAGAAUACAUUUAUUUAAUGCCUACACAAAAUAUUUCCCAAAAGUAAGUCAUAAGAAAAAUUCUGUAUUUCACUCGUCAAUAAAGAACCAAGCGAAUUAACUCUAAA